GCAUAAUCUUCACAAGCCAUUUGGACGUUAACGACUUCUUCAUCAACCAUCACCGUUGCAAAUCAUCAAUCUCUCUAACCGCUACACGACACUCUUGUUUAACUGAUAAUUUGAAUACUUAUAUCACGAACACAGAUCAACCCAGACCAAUACCGCCAAAAUGCCGAAAGCAGAGUUUGGAUCGACGAAAUACCUGAACAAUAAAAUGAAAUCGAAGGGAUUACAGCGACUUCGAUGGUACUGCCAAAUAUGCGAAAAGCAAUGCAGGGACGCCAAUGCGUUCAAGAUGCACACCCAAAGCGAGUCCCACACGAGGAAGAUGCUGCUAGUUGGCGAGGAUGCGAAGAAGUAUAUCGACGACUUUAGCAACCAGUUCCUCAAGGACUUCUUACAGCUGCUGCGAACCUCCCACGGAGAGAAGCAAGUGCAGAUCAACCACUUUUACCAGAACUACAUCGCCAACAAGGAGCACGUCCAUAUGAAUGCUACGAAAUGGCACUCUCUUACCGACUUUGCAAAGCACCUGGGAAGGGAAGGAAUUUGCAGGGUCGAGGAGAAUGAUAAGGGAAUUCAUAUCGCAUGGAUAGACGACUCUCCAGAUGCCUUACGCCGAAAAGAAGCGGUGCGGAGGAAGGAGAUGCAAGAUAAAGGAGACGAGGAGCGCGAACACAUGUUAAUCAAGGAACAAAUCAAGCGCGCGAAGAGGGAAGCGGGUGAGCAAAACGAGGACGAGGUGGACGAUUCGGAGGGCAAAGCACUCAAGAGACAAGAGGGAGAGAAGAUCAAGCUCUCCUUUGGCGUCAAGCCCGCUACUCAGCCGGCAUCAACAUCCUCUCCAGAUAAAUCUACCCCAGAGACAUCAGCGUCGCCACCAAAAGACGCAGAGAAGAAAGAGGAGUCAACAGCUACACAAGAACAACCUCCCACGACCCAAAAACCUGCUUCUGCUCCCAUUUCACUUAAAAUGGCAGCGAAGCCCCAACCCAAGAACGUCUUCGCGGCUGCGAAAAAGAACGCGCUCGCGGGAGCGCCCAAGAAAGCACCGGCUUUUGGAGAGCCGAAGAAGAUGAGCGAAGCUGAGCGCAUUAUGAAGGAGGAGAUUGAGAGGAAGAGGGCUCGGGAGAGUUCGGGUAGGGAUGGGUUUUCUAAUAAGCGACAGAGAAAUUAAAUCAUACGGGGUUUUUAAGGGUCUUUGGGUUUUUUUUUUUUGAGCAGCAUUGCGACAGGCGUUGAGGUAUACCAUCGGUUGAGGUUUGAUAAGGGCAUACGGAACUUUUGCAUGGGCGCUUGUGGCAAGUAUAUAUUUAAGAGAAUAAUAGUCAUGUCAACUGACAUAUUCGGCCAAUCCUAUUGGACUAGAACCUGAGAACUGUUCUUAGGUUUAUGCGUGAAUAUAACAUUUCUUGAUGUUUA